GUCACAACCCUCACACCCAACAACAACAACACCUGAAGACAGCUGUUCUGAGCUAAAAUGGACGAUUUUGUGCUGUAUACAACUUUAACUGUGAUAGUGGCGGUGAUCCUUGGCUUUAUAUCAUUUUACAAGAGAAAAGAGGAGAAAGUACGAGAGAGAGCACGACCUCCCCGGCCUCGUGUGGGUGAAGAUGGUGCAGCUGGAGGAGCCAGAGCUCAUCCACCUAACCGUGCUGCUGCCAACAGAAAUGCUCGGGCAAGGAUGAGAGCAGCUGCACAACGUCGUGAUGAGUCUGAUGACGAUGAUGAUGAUGAUACAGGAGGACUGGGUGAUGACAUUGCACUUCCAGAUGGGAAAAUUGGCAAGAAAAAAUUGGCAAAGCUUCAAGCUAAGGCAGAAAGACGAGUUCUCAGAGAGGCAAAAGAACGUGAAAGGGAAGAAAAGAAAGAACGAGCAGAAAAAGCUGCCGAAGACAGACGAAAGGAAGAGAAGCGCGAGGCUGAAGAGGAGGCCAGAAAAGAAGAGGAGGAGCAGAAGGCGAGGGAGGAGAAGGAACGUCGUGAGCAGGAGGAGUACAUGAAGUUGAAGGCUGAGUUUGAAGUGCAAGAGGAAGGGUUUGAAGAAGCUGCAGAAGAUAAAAGGCAGAACCUUCUAAAUGAGUUUGUUGGUUUCAUAAAGAAAGACAAGGUUGUUGUAUUGGAGGAUCUGGCUGCCAGGUUUAAGUUGAAGACUCAGGAUGUUAUUGACAGGGUCAAAGAGCUACAAAAAAAUGGGGUACUCACAGGUGUGAUUGAUGACCGAGGCAAAUUUAUUUACAUCAGUAAAGAAGAGCUUGAGGGUGUGGCAAAGUUCAUCAGACAGCGUGGGCGGAUCUCCAUUGCUGAACUUGCAGAAUCCUCAAACACAUUGAUAACUCUCACUCCAGAAACAUCAGGUGCAAGCUAGACUGCUGUAUUCUGAAACAGUCACUACUUGCUAAUUUUAUUUUUUUUUGUACUUUUUUUAAUCACAUUGACUGUUUACCAUCACUCAUUCAGUAACUUUCUUGCCAGAAGUGUAAGGAAAUCACAGUUUAGAAGACUCUCUGAACUGCAACUUUUUCUUUAAUUUUUUUGAAUACAGAAAGUAAUGAACUCACUAUUUUGUACAGUAAAUAUGCAUCCUACAAAGCUAUAAUGUCAAUGUUAUAUAGGGAUGUUGUAUUUGUAGUUUCUGAUCAGCAAACUUGUCUUAAAAAGCAUAACUCAUGUAGUAUGAAGCAUAAAAAUUCAAAAUAAAACAUUCUCCUCAGUAAAUACUGCUGUGAAUAACAAAAAGGCACAAUACCGUGACUGGAACAAUACACAAAUAACCCGCACAUAAAAGAGAGAAGCUUACGACGACGUUUCGUCGUGACUUUGUCAAUGGUCCAAGUCGGACCGAAACGUCGUCGUAAGCUUCUCUCUUUUAUGUGCGGGUUAUUUGUGUAAUACUGCUGUGAUAAGGACUAAAUGACAAAUUUUUCUAGAGUUGUUUUUCAUUUUUAUUUUUUUCUGAUCUACAUGUUGAUUUAAGCAGCUUUUGUGUCUUAGCUCAUUUAUUUUUAAGUAGCUUGUGGACAAUGGAUGGCUGACCUUUCUUGUACAUUGAUUACAGUGGCACCCCGGUUUUCGUCCUUAAUCCAUUCCAGGAGGUCAGUUGAAAUCCGAAAUGGACACAAACCAAAGUAACAUUUCCAUAAGAAAUAAUGUAAAUUCAUUUAAUCUGUUCCAGACACCCAAAAAUAUUAAAAAAAAAUAUAUUUCAUAGAGAAUAACUAUAAUUUUACAUACAGAAAACAAUGAGAAAUAAAUAUAAAGCACUGAUUUUAAUGGAUAAAUGAACAUUUAAAUCACUAUUACAUACCUUUAUUGAAGACUCUUGUUGGCGUAUGGAAGAAGGCGAGGAGGGGAGAGAGAGAGAGAGAGAGAGGAGAAGUUGUUUGGAAGGGGAAUCCCCCUCCAUAAAGACUUCAGGUAUCAAAGCCCUAUCCGGGGUUACUUCCCUUCUUUGUCUUUAACUGACACUAGUACCAGCUUGAGAGUCACUGCACCCCUGUUGCACAAAAAAUUUGUCCAGAGAGGCCUGUUUCUGGCGUCUCUAAGAUUUGCCUAAAAUAGGACAAGACAUUGUCAUUGAAUGUGUUGCAGAAAUGGCUUGCAACAGUUUUGUUAAGGUGAUAAUUCUCUGCAAAACUUUGCAACUCAUUCCACUUUGCACAUGUGUCCUUAAUCAAUGAAGAAGGCACAUUCUCGGCAGGAUGAAACUGACUGUUGAUUUGGAUUUCCCAUACGUCCUGGCGAGCUUGGCCACACGUACGCCACUUUCAUAUUUUGAUACGAAAGUGAAUUCUAUCAUGUUCCUUACCUUUACCUAAGGGCUGGCACUCUGAACUUUCUUUGGCCCCAUGGUGGCUUAUUUCACAGUCGCACUCCAUAAACAAGCACCAAAAGCAGUGGAUGAACGCGCAGAGUAUUAUUUACUCGACUAGUGACAGAGGCAGACUGAGUCAGGCGAUGGUGUCCUGGGCUGGCAGACGUGUCUGAUACGGAUAAUUUCCAAGUUGAUGUAUGAAACCUGGAGUAAAAAUUUUCCGAAAAAAGUAUUCAGAAUCUGACGAAAACUGGAGUUUUACUGUAUUCUGUACAUAUUAAAAGGUUUAUGUAACGCUUAAAAACUGGUCAUUUUUUGUAAUUGUUUAUUAUUAUGAACUAUGUAAAGAAGAUGAUUUUGUUGGCAUGAGCUCUAAUCUGCAUUAUAGCAGACAAACGAAAAAUCCCUACACCAGUGAGGCUUCAACACCGAAACAAAAACUUUCUUAAUUAUUCGAUUGUAUCCUUCCCUGAUUGUUAUCCUAAACAAUAAUAUUACAUGUUCUUUUGAACCCACCUGAGUUUUAAGGUAGUGUUUAAUUCUUAUACUCUUCACUCCUGCUUCAGCUUGCAUUGACAUGAAUGAAGAACAUGUGAUUAUGAUUUUCCUGAAAACUGACUGGUGAAUGAAGAACAUGUGAUUAUGAUUUUCCUGAAAACUGACUGGGGUUGGAAAAUGUGUAAUAUAUGGCAUCAUAAUAGUGGAACCUGGUCCCUUGAAAUGGGAGUGCCUUGAUGCCAGUAUUGGGAUCUUUAUCCAAGGAAAUGGAGUUAUCCUCCCUUGCUGUAGAUCAAACCUGAUUGUCUCCCAGUCUCCAGUUCUCACAUCACUGUUUUUGAACCCAAAGUGUUGCAAGGGUAGUAUGCAUGCUUGCUAUAACUUGGGUAAGAGGUUUACCUACAUGAUUGUGUUCACAUUAUUUUUUGCAUUCACAAAUUGUGAAAUUUCAGAUUUUUAUUUCUUUCUUUCUUUCAACACACUGGCCGUAUCCCACCGAGGCGGGGUGGCCCAAAAGGAAAAAUGAAAGUUUCUCCUUUUACAUUUAGUAAUAUAUACAGGAGAAGAGGUUACUAGCCCUUUGCUCCCGGCAUUUUAGUCGCCUCUUACAACACGCAUGGCUUACGGAGGAAGAAUUCUGUUCCACUUCCCCAUGGAGGUAAGAAAUAAACAAGAACUAGAAAGAAAAUAGAAGAAAACCCAGAUGGGUGUGUAUAAAUAUGUUUGUACAUGUAUGUGUAGUGUGAUAUAAGUGUAAGUAGAAGUAGCAAGACAUACCUGAAAUCUUGCAUGUUUAUGAGACAGAAAAAAGGACACCAGCAAUCCUACCAUCGUGUAAAACAAUUACAGGCUUUCGUUUUACACUCACUUGGCAGGAUGGUAGUACCUUCCUGGGUUGUUGCUGUCUACCAACCUACUACUAUAAGAUUUUUUAUUUAUCUUAAUAUAUAUUGUUUUCAAUUUCUGUUUUAUAUAUACUGAAUGUUAGUUUAUUAUUUUGAAAUAUUUUAAUUUGUUCUAGGUAGUAGGGUGCUCCUAGGUAGUAGGUUGGCAGACAGCAACCACCUAGGAAGGUACUACCGUCCUGCCAAGUGAGUGUAAAACAAAAGUCUGUAAUUGUUUUACAUUAUGGUAAGAUUGCUGGUGUCCUUUUUUGUCUCAUAAACAUGCAAGAUUUCAGGUACAUCUUGCUACUUCUACAUACACUUAGGUCACACUACACAUACAUGUACAAGCAUAUAUAUACACACUCCUCUGGGUUUUCUGCUAUUUUCUUUCUAGUUCUUGUUUAUUUCCUUUUAUCUCCAUGGGGAAGUGGAACAGAAUUCUUCCUCCAUAAGCCUUGCGUGUUGUAAAGAGGUGACUAAAAUGCCAGGUGCAAGGGGCUAGUAACCCCUUCUCUUGUAUAAAUUACUAAAUUUUAAAAGAGAAGCUUUCAUUUUUCUUUUUGGGCUACCCUGCCUUGGUGGGAUAUGGCCGGGCUGUUAAAAAAAAAAAAUACAAGAUUUCGGGUACGUCUUGCUACUUCUCCUUGCACUUUGGUCACCCCACACAUAUAUGUACAAGCCUGUAUAUACACACCCCUCUGGGUUUUCUUCUAUUUUCUUACUAGUUCUUGUUCUUGUUUAUUUCCUCUUAUCUUCAUGGGGAAAUGGAACAGAAUUCUUUCUCCAUAAGCCAUGAAUUGCAUAAAGAGGUGACUAAAAUGCCGGGAGGAAGGGGCUAGUAACCCCCUUCUCCUGUAUAAAUUACUCAAUUUAAAAAAAGAAACUUUUGUUUUUCUUUUUCGGCCUCCCUGCCUCGGUGGAAUACGGCUCGUUUGUCGAAAGAAGAUUUUAAUUUGUUUAAACAAUUUUGUUUUCCAAAGCCUAAAUUUUUGUUGUAGAGGACAUUGUUGUAUUCCUAAGAGCACAGAACUAUGUGAUCCCUGGUUCAAGGUUAAUAAUAAUAUUUUUUUUGCUACAAGUACUUGUGCAAGGUAUACAAGCCUAACUGGCAUAAAUGACAUAUGUACUACUAUAUAGAAAGCCUCUUAUUAUGCAGAGCAUUUUGGUCAAUUUUGUCCUGGGAUGCAACCCACACCAGUCGACUAGCACCCAGGUACCCAUUUUACUGAUGGGUGAACAUAGACAACCGGUGUAAGGAAACAUGCCCAAUGUUUCCACCCAGCCGGGAAUCAAACCCGGAUCUUCAGCGUGUGAAGUGAGAGCUUUCGUUACCGGACCAUAGAAGUGAUUAAGUACAAGUGAAAUACAUAGUGCAUAUGGAAAGGUAAGAUGUUGAAGUGUGGAUGGAAAAGGAGAAAAAAUGAAAAGCAUUGUUUGGGGUAGAGAAAACAGCACAGAUCAUUAAAACUAUAGUUUAAGUGUAGCCAUGUAAUGUUGGAUUUAUAUAGUGGCUUAAUUAAAGUCUGCUUUCCUAGAAAAUACAAUUUAAUUUUGAAUAAGGAAUGUUACUUUUUUUUUUACUUGUUCUUGUUGCACAGAUGAUUUAUUCAUGCAUGCAACUUUCAAACUAUUUUUAAAUAAUUUGUUAUUUCUUAAUUUCUAAAUUCUUUCAAUUAUUUAUUUUAUGACUACUACUGGUCCUAAUUUUUUUUGUUACAAAUUUUGUACUAUACCUUGGCAUUAAUUCUAUUCCCUGUAUACUGCAUUUAAGAUGUCAAAUUUUUCACCGGUUAAAUUUUUCUACUUUAAAGGAUGUAAUAAUAAAAAUAUUCAAGGUAUAUUUUUAUAUGGAGAUGUCAAAAUUGUGAAUUUUGUAUGAUUUGAAUAAUGAUCAUGAUUUCAUUAA